AUGAAAAGAUAUUUUUGGAGGAAAUGUCUGGUCGUUCAAGCUUUUUUCUUGGCAAUUUUCUUUUUGAAAUAUUUCUUUGCUGUUAGCAAUGAUGGUGAACUUGAUGGUAAGCAGGAAAGUGAUCAUUAUACAAUACUAAACCAAGAAAUAUUCGAACCUCUUAUGAAUGAUUCCACGAUCAUUGUAAUUCAAGUCCACACACGAAUUACAUAUUUACGUCAUUUGAUCGUGAGCUUAGCUCAAGCCAGAGACAUUUCCAAAGCGCUUUUGAUUUUCUCACAUGAUUUUUACGACGAAGAAAUCAACGAGUUGGUGCAAAGCAUCGAUUUCUGUAAAGUGAUGCAAAUAUUUUACCCAUUCUCAAUUCAAAUGCAUCCAAAUGAAUUUCCUGGAACUGAUCCAAGAGAUUGCAAACGUGACAUGAAGAAGGAACAAGCGUUGAUCACCAAAUGUCAAAACGCUCAAUAUCCUGACAUUCACGGACAUUAUCGCGAAGCUUCAUUCACUCAGACCAAACACCACUGGUGGUGGAAGGCAAAUCGAGUCUUCGAUCAGCUCGAAGUCACCAGACAUCACACAGGUCUCGUGUUAUUCCUGGAAGAAGAUCAUUACGUCGCUGAAGAUUUUCUUUAUCUUCUUUCAAUGAUGCAGCAAAAAGCAUUUGAGCUCUGUUCAAAGUGCAACAUCAUGUCGUUGGGAACAUAUUUGAAGACUUUCAAUUAUUACACAUACGGCAACAACCAUAAAAAGAAAUUCGUUUUAAAUGCCAACAAAGUUGCGAGUUCAAAAACUCACUUAAAUUAA